AUGCCCGCCCUAGCCAAGCGCAAAUCUUCGUCCCUCGCCAGCCGAACCGAACACGGCGGUUCCAUGGAUCUCCGAUCUGAGAACACCGGCCGAUCCAACGGCGAAUGCACUCCACAGAAACGGAAGCUGAGAUCUAACUCAUCGCCGAUGAAGGCGAGCCCGGUCUCCACUCCGAUGAAAAGGACGUCGCCUCGCCGAUCCGCCGAUGUCAACCUCAACACACCUGAAAACGGAAUUGAGGGUAAGAUCUGUAAACGGCUUCCUAAGUUGCGGAAAUCUCCGGUGAAGAGUUUGUUGAACGAUUUUACCGCCAAGCAGAAUUGGAAUCCGGCAGAUGCGGAGCAAAUUAGGGCGGUGAAGGAGGCGUUGCACGUAUCGACGGCACCGUCGGCUAUAGUUUGCCGCGAAGAGGAGCAAAAGAAGGUGUUGGAGUUCUGCAAAUCGUGCAUAGAGCAAGAGAAGGCUGGAAGUUUAUAUGUUUGUGGAUGUCCUGGGACUGGAAAAUCGUUGUCAAUGGAAAACGUGAAACAGAUUUUGCUUGAUUGGGCAGAAGAGACUGGACACGGAAAACCGGACGUAUUAGCCAUAAAUUGUACCUCACUUACAAACACAAGCGAUAUUUUCAGCAAGAUACUGGGUAAAGACCAACCGCGAAAGAGAAGUAAUGGCUCUACCUCACCAUUGCAGCUUCUCCAGAACUUGUAUUCGCAUAAACCGCAAUCAUCUGGCAGAAAGAUGAUGAUCAUAAUUGCUGAUGAGUUGGAUUAUUUGAUAACUAAAGACCGGGCAGUGCUUCAUGAUCUUUUCAUGCUCACAACAUUGCCAUUAUCUAGAUGUGUACUCAUAGGAAUAGCAAAUGCAAUAGACCUAGCUGACCGCUUUCUUCCGAGACUUCAAUCAUUAAAUUGCAAGCCUGCGGUUAUAACAUUUCGAGCAUACUCCAAAGAUCAAAUCCUUAAGAUUCUUCAAGAGCGGCUAACAGCAUUACCUUACACCAUCUUUCAACUGCAAGCUCUAGAGCUUUGUGCCAGAAAAGUUGCUGCUGCAUCUGGGGAUAUGCGCAAAGCUCUUUGUGUUUGCAGGAGCGCAAUAGAGAUGCUAGAGGCAGAGCUAAGAGAGUCUUCCAACAACUUGAAUUGUUCAUCAGUAGAGACGACGUUCUUUGAGAAACAUAAUGAUCCAGAUGUUGCAGUCGUGAAAAAACAGGAAAUUGAUAUCGUUAGGAUUGAUCACAUGGCUGUUGCUUUAUCAAAGACAUUUAAAUCACAAGUAGUGGACACCAUACAGUCUCUUCCGCACCAUCAGCAGAUCAUACUAUGCUCUGCUGUGAAGCUUUUCCGCGGAGGAAAGAAGGAUACAACAAUAGGGGAGUUGAAUAAGUCUUACGUGGACUUCUGCAAAUCAGCAUUGAUCCCACCAGUAGGAAUUUUGGAGCUUUCAAGUUUGUGCAGGGUGCUAAAUGAUCAGGGGCUACUCAAGCUCGGUCAAUCUCGAGAAGAGAAGUUCAAAAGAGUGACUCUAAAAGUAGAUGAAGCAGACAUCAGUUUUGCAUUGCAGGGAAUCCGUUUCUUCCGAAACUGUCUUCAGUAAGUUCUGUAAAAAGUAGUCCUGAUUCUUUCGUGCUUGAUUUUGGUGGCAUCCUUUUCCAAGUUCUCCAUCCGCUCCAACUACAAGGUAUAAGUGCUUUGGAAAGGACCCAUUGUCUAAAAGCUUUUACGCAGAUGAGAAAGGCUAUAUCCUCACGAGGAGAAUGUGCAACGCAUGUCAGUUUCCAGCAAAGAGUUGAUUUCUGACAUGAUUUUUUUUUCUUCAAGCAACACAAAAAAAACAAAAAAAGUCGAUUCUAACAAGUAACAUGGUCACAGAUUCAA